AUGUCGGCUUCAGUGCCCGAUAUCGAAAAAGGCGAAAAGCACUUCGCCGAGCCCGUCCUGGUGACGACUGCUAUGACCGAGAUAGGCGUCUUGACGAGCCCCGACACGGACAGAACGUCGAAUCUGUUGGUCGCACUCCACCGCGUCAAUGACCGCAUUGAGAGCUUGUCUGGCUUCGAAGCGCGUGGCAUCACGCGCGUGCUCCCCGAGGAGCGGCACGCGGCGUCAGCGCUGGCCGACCUGCAGAUCAUCGUGCUUUGGUUCGGCGCCAAUAUCUCAGCCAACAACAUGACGACGGCGCUCUUCGGUCCGCUCGUGUUCGGCCUUGGCUUCCGCGACAGCGUGCUGUGCGCCGUCUUUGGCUGCAUCCUGGGCUGCGCAUCGACGGCCUACAUGGCUAUCUGGGGCCCGCCCAGCGGCAACCGCACCAUGGUCGUGCUGCGCUACUUCAUGGGCUACUGGCCCUCCAAGCUGCCGUGCUUCCUCAACAUCGUGCUCAUGGUCGGCUACAACACGCUCAAUCUCAUUAUUGCCGGCCAGAUCCUGUCGGCCGUGAGCGGCCGGUCCAUGACGAUUGCUGUGGGCAUUGUGGUCGUCGCCAUCGUGUGCUGGGUCGUGGCCGUGUUUGGGAUGUUUGUUUUCCACACAUACGAGAGAAAAUUACGAAGGAAGUCGUGUUUUGCGUGGCUGUGCCAAAACACAGCGCUCAUGUACGGCGCUCCCAGGUACGCCUGGAUCCCCCAGCUCCUCGCCCUCUUUGUUCUGAUCGGCUGCGCGGGGCCGCACUUCGACCCUACCCUCGAGUCGACCGGCGACACCAUCACCCUCGCCGCCAACCGCCUCUCCUUCUUGUCGUUGUGCUUCUACGUGCCCAACUCGUGGGCCGCGGCGGCCUCGGACUACUACGUCUACUACCCAGAAACGACGUCCAAGCUAAAGAUCUUCUUCCUAACUCUGGCCGGUCUUUUCUCCUCCUUCACCCUCGUCUAUCUGCUCGGCAUCGGUCUCGCCUCAGGCGUCGCCUCCAACCCGGCAUGGGCCGACGCGUUUGCCAUCUCGGCGGGCUCGCUGCUCGUGGCGGCCUUCGACGGCCUGGCCGGCUUCGGCAAACUGUGCGCCGUGGUCGUCGCGCUGGGCAUCAUUGCCAACAGCAUUCCCGGCGUCUACUCGGCCGCGCUGGGCGUGCAGGUCCUGGGCCGCUACGGCAAGGCGAUCCCACGCUGGGCGUGGACGAGCGUCAUCAUGCUGGUGGAGCUUGUUCUGGCGCUGGCGGGGAGGGAUAACCUGCUCGUAAUUUUUAGCAACUUCCUCGCCCUGAUGGGCUACUGGGUGGAGAUCAUGAUCGUUAUUGUUGCUGAGGAGCACCUCUUGUUCCGGUGGAACCGCGGCUUCGACUGGGCAAGGUGGGAGGAUCGAAAGUAUCUCCCCAUCGGCAUUGCGGCGCUGAUAGCGUUCCUGCUGGGGUGGGCUGGUGCGAUUCUGGGCAUGUUCCAGGCCUGGUAUGUUGGUCCGCUGGCGGAGAAGGCUGGCUUCAGCGACAUUGGGCUUUGGCUCGGCUGCGGGUUUUCGCUGAUUUCGUAUCCGCCGAUGCGCUUGGUAGAGUUGAAGCUCAUCGGCAGAUGA